AGCUGAUAUUGUUUUGCUGGAAGGAAAGACUGACAAAGGAAGGAAUUACGCUGCUAAAAAAAUCAAAGCUUGUGAUAUACAAGAUAUACAAGAUAUACAAUCGUAUUUAAUGUUUUUUAAUUUUUGGAAUUUAUAAAGUGAUGUUAUCUCAGCCAGGAGUCUUACUUUCAUAGAAUAUGAAAUCACGGACUAAAGAAAGUUUAAAAGACUUGGUUGGAAUUAUUUAAAAACAUAAAAAAGAAGUUUCAAAAUGGCCUGGUCUUCGUGGUACAAUAGCUUCUCAGAUGCAUUUAAAAAACGUGCAGGUCGGUAUCUGAUAAACCGAUACCUCGGAACCUUUCUGGACGAGACUAUUUCUAUGGAUCAGCUCUCUGUGGAUGGGGCUAUCAGUUUAAGUAAUGUGGCGCUCAAUAUUAGGACAAUCAAUUCUAUGAUAGACGAUGCAGAUCUUCCAGUUGAAUUUGUGGAUGGAUAUAUACAGGAUCUAUCUGUAACUAUACCUUGGUCUAAUCUACUAACGGAGAGCUGUUUCUUCUCUAUAGAUGGACUAACCAUUACUCUACAGGUGAAGAAGAGAGCGAACCCUGCUCAGAUCUCAGCAUCAAUAUUCAUGUCAAUGUGUGAGAGCUUUUCUUCCUUCAGUGUUGCUGAGGAUUGUAUUAAACAAGGGGAUGUUGAGUCGAGUCCUGGAAAAAGUAGGAAAAGUCAAUCUGAAGAAGAUAUGGUGGCUGGGGUCGAACUUCUAGCGCAGGCUAUAGAUUCUGUCAUCAUGAGAGUUCAGGUAUAUUCAGGAAUCAGUAGUUCCGUAAAGAAAGUGUCACUCAACGUAAACCGUAAACAUCUUACUUUAACAACAACAAAAAUCCUUGGACGAUGGUUUGGUUUCCAGGAGGAAGACACAUUCUCGACCUCGACCCUGAGCAAGAUAUACUUCGAGGACGUUGUCCUCUACACUGACGAGUUCAAGCUUGGGUCAAGAAACCUCUUAAAAAGUCAAAACUUUGAAGAGUCUGUUUACGAAGAGGAUACUGAACCUGAUCCUCCACUCCAGCUCGCUAGCUUGACAGGCAACCAGGAGCUUAUUCUCAGGUUUACUGAGUUGAAUCAGUAUGGAUUACCCCGAGCAGUUGGAGAAGUUGAGAUGAGUCUUGGAACUUUUAAACUUCAUGUCUUCCCACACCAGGUUCACAUAAUAACCGAGAUAAUCUCUGCAAUAACUGUUCCUGUGAAGCCUGGUCCUGCUCCAGUACUCUCUAAACACCAGAAGCAGCUGGUCCAAGGACUAGAAGGAAUGCUCCAGGAGAAUCUCAGAUUUAAACCUCCAGUAGCAGGUCUAAACCUGGGUUGGGGAGGAGAUAUGGAUGCAAUCAACGUCAUUGAGAAAAUCCAAAAAUUUUAUUUCUUGAAAUCAUCUGAGUUUGAAUAUUUUUUGAAUAUCGUAUUCUAUCAGGAGAAGGAUCCUGGUAUUCUCAAGUUUGGCGGAGAAGGUACUAAACCUCGUGCUCUAGAUCUAAUGCGGAAAUCAUCUAACAGGUUCUUCAACACUCAGAUUGCUGCUCCUGUGUUUGAUGGAUCAAGAAUAGGAAUCUGGCACACUGAGCUGGCCGGUCAGGUUCAGGACUCUCAUAUCCAGGUGGUGGGAACACCACUAACUCUCAUGUAUGAGGAGGGGACAGCUGUUGGUGGAGGAUUAACAUCGUCCUACGCGGCAAUUACAAAAUUAAUCGUAGGCAAGUUGUCUGUUGUUGAAUGCUUGAUAGAGUGUGAUGCCCCCGAAGGUUCCAGACAUGAGAUUAUCAAUCUUCUGGAGUUUAGUUCUCCGGUAGCAGGCUCUCCGAGACCAAACAAGAAUCCAGACUUUAAACUCAUUUUCAAGGAUAUCUUCAGUUCCGGAGAUAAUUCUCCAGUCUCCAGUAUAUCCCUGAACUUCAAUUCUUGUAGCCUGGAGAUAGAUCCAGGGUUUGUAGACCGAACCUUUCUCAUCUUCAACUAUGCAGAGAUGGACCCGGAUUGUAUAAGAACUGUAGUAACUCCUACUCCUGAGACGGAUGUGUGUCUCCAAGUGCAGAUAAACAUACCGAAAGUAAAAGUUACAUUUCUGAUUCCUAAACCUGAUAUGCGGAGUCCGGGAGAGAUUGGUCCAGAUUUUCUCCGCGGCUUUUGGACUAGGAAAAUUCAUCCCGAGCUCUACACCCUGGAGAUGGAAGGAUUUGAGAUGAGGAUAGAUCAGGCUGGAGGUUCUAGGUCUCCUCUGGAGCUUAACUUUGCUUCUAAAACCCUUGAGCUUUUAUACCGUGAGAGUAAGGAUGUAAACCAGUUUCUUCUUCUCCAGGCUAGACGACUGGUUAGCUCCGACCCCAGUAAACGAAAUAAUGCAGUUGAGAUCAGGAUAAAGAUUUGUAUGGACGAUUCACUCAAACUGCAGGGAAAAUUUAAUUCAGAUCAACAUAAAAUGCAAAAAUCUGUGUUUGUCAAAAAAGACAGUUUAGACCUAGAUAGUGAAACCUACUUCGUGGUUGACCCUGAUACGGGGAGCAAGAGUUCAACCGACCGGAGCAACUUUACAACCCAGCUCAAGGAUAUCAUGUCUGCUCUGAACCAGUCUUUGCUCCGUAAUAAUCUACUGAUUGAUAUAAAGUUAGAUGCUGUGAGUCUUGUAUUACCCAACAAGAGGGUAUACGAGGUUAUCUAUAAUAGGAUAGGAAACGAUAUGUUGCUUUGGGUUCCUUCAUAUUUAACCGUCAAGCAAUAUAUAUUCGGAGAAAAACUACUCAACCCGUUGGAAGAUGAUAGUUCCGAGUUUUCUAGUUGUUUCUCCGGUCGUAAACAGGAUCAGAUAAAAUAUGAGGAGACAGUGCCAAUUAAAAAUACGAAUGCGUUUCCCAAGGAUUUGAAAACCGGACCCUUUGAGAUUCAUACAGAUACCGCGGUCAGUCUUUCAGUCAACCAGGUCCAACUUCUCAUCUGUCUUCCCAUGGAGUCGGAGCUAAACAGUCAAGACUUUGGUAUUCUUCAUAUCUCAGCUAUAGGACUCUCCUUGAUAUCUGCGUCCGGACUAGACAAGGAUCCGGAGAUUGCAAUAUUUAAUCUGAAAUGUGAGGAGGGUUGUGUAAAGUAUGGAUUAUGUAAGAAGAAUGCUCUCCCUGCUCAACUUCACUUUAACUCGGAGAUAGAAAAUCUUGAAGUUCUGGUGACGACAAAUGCCUACUGUGACAAAGCCUGGUUGCAUAAACCUGCAAAUACUGGACUUCUCAACCUGACCACGAAGGUUCUACUGGACCGGAAAACUAAUCUAAAAUCUAUCCAGCUCGCCUUUAACAUAGUACAAGGAGGUAUGUGUGUCCGGGAGCCGGGGAACGGAUCGGAUUGGAUAAAUUCUCUUGUGAACUUCUUCACAGUGGUCGAGUUUCCAGUUUUAGGCUAUUCUCCCCCCGUUGUGCUUACAGAACUUCACUUUCUUUUGACCCAGUGUGCAGUUGAGUUCUCCCCUCCUUCUACGGAGCCUGGGAGGGCAGUUCUAUGCCUGGGGAAGGUUAAGAUCACCUGUAGUUUGCUGGAUACUACUAAGGACGCUAGCGUGAAAAUAGGAAUAGAAGAUGCAAGUCUGUUUGUAACAAAUGAUUCAAUUAAUCCCGUCCAAUCUUCUCUGUGUGUUGCUGAUAUAGAUUAUUUUGAUAUAAUUAUUUCUCUCUGUGAACCGGAGAAGAAUUCUGAAGAGCUAGUAUCUGAGAAGAACCCAGAGCUGGCUGAACCCUCGGAUCCACUUCUCAUUGUCUCUGCUAAAUGUAACCUUGUCAGAGUAAGGACGUGUGCUGAUACACUCCAGCUCUUAAUCAAUGUAUUCUCUGGAUUUUCAGAAUCAGAGACGACUCUGUCUGUAACGGAAUCUGCAUCGGAAGAUAAAUCGUUGCAGAUUGAGUCGGAGACUGGAGACAUUCUCCCUGAUCUUGAAGAUGCUAUGGCGGAGCUGAUGGGUCCAAAAGACGUGAAACCGGAGAAAGAAGAUGCGGAGAAACCGCGCCCAACUUGUGGAACUCAGGUUUUCUUCUUUCCAGAUGAAAAUUGUCCCAUUCUUCCUCCAACUUCCGUUGACUUAAUGUCACAGUCUAUCUAUGUAGAACGAAAAAACUCGUCGGAUUCGGAGGAUUUCUGCGAUCUUGAAAGUUUCUGUAUAUUGGAGGAAGAGGAAGGGAGUGGGAUAGUUUCCAGCUCCGGAGAACCAACCAUACGCGUCCUAGAUCUAACUGGAUUAAAAAUUGAUGAGAACCAUUUUACUGUUCCCCAGGAGGGAAUGGAUCAUCUGAAACCUCCGCGAGGUUUCCCCCUGUCUCAGGUGAAGCUGGCUCUUACUAAACUAUCCUUGGUUUGGCAAAUAUUCGGAGGAAAUGAUCUCUCCGAGAGUAAAGAGAUGAAGUGUAGUACCAAGGCUAAGUUACAGAAGAUGGGAAUGUCAAUGAUUGACGAGAAGAAACGAAACACAAACUCCUCGAAGCCUGGAUCAAGCUCAGCCCGCCAUAUUUCUGAGUCAUUGAAGACGGUUGGAGGCCCCGGCAGGGAUCAGGAUGUUCUCAUAGAAUUAUCAAUUUUCAAAAUGGCCGCACAGCAUGAAACAUAUCUUAGAACAGAGGAACGAAACUCUCCUGUAUCCCGUCAGAUUUUACUUAUUCCGAACCUUGAAAUCCGAGACAGGUUGGUUGAGAGCGAGAUAAACAAACUACUUCAUAUGCACAGCAGUAAAUCCAGACCUCGACAAAGUUCUGCACACAUGCUCAGCAUUAAAGCUCUAACCGUUCAUCCCGAUCCUUCCAGUCAACUUGAGGAAACCUCGCUCAAGGUUUCUCUUCAACCUUUCAGAAUUAACAUUGAUCAAGACACUUUGUUCUUCUUAAUUGACUUUGUAAAUUCUUUUAUUCCUCAAGAGCCUGAUCCUACGACUGAACUAUCACCGAAUAAGGAUCUGGAUCCUAUGGAUAGGGAUAGAAGCGGAAGUAUAAAGUUUAGUUCCGGACUCCAGGCAAUAAAAAUGGAGGUUCCAGAGGGGACAGAGGUGUUUGAGGAUGCCCGGAGUUCUCCUCCAAAACUUGAAGAUGAGGAGGACAAGGAACCGGAGGAGGAUUUUACUCCUAGUUCUAAGUCCUCCACUCCUGGUCCUGGUUCUAAUCCUAUAAACAAUAUAUACUUUAAAUCCUUUAUUUUCUCGCCCUCUGUGCCUAUACGAAUCGAUUAUGUAGGAAAGUAUGUUGAUUUAACCCAGGGUGCUCUGACCGGGAUACUGGCAGGGUUAGCUCAGCUCAAUUGCUCAGAGAUAACAUUACGACAACUAGAGUUUAAACAAGGUAUAUUGGGACUGGAUAAACUACUCGCCAUGGCAGCUACAGCAUGGAUGGCAGAUAUUAGGAGCACCCAGGUACCCGCCCUACUUGGCGGAGUAGGUCCUAUGCAUGCCCUGCUCCAGAUGGUGACUGGUCUUCGGGAUCUAAUCUGUAUGCCCAUAGAACAGUACAGGAAGGAUGGUCGGAUAGUUCGAGGUAUACAGAGGGGAACAACUAGUUUUACUCAUUCCACUACAUUAUCCAUCCUUGAAGUUACAAACAAGAUUCUUAAUGUUGUCAAGUUUGCCGCUGAACUUGCCUUUGAUGUGAUGUCCCCUGAAGGUUGUGUUGUAAAGGGGAAACUACCUCACCCAACUCAAUACUGUAGGAGACGGAUUGGAAGAUCAGGUUUGAGAAGGGCCCGGGGGGCUCCGCAUGAUAUGAGAGAGGGUAUGUUGGGAGCUAUGGCUCUGGUCCGGGAGGGGUUUGACGAAACGGCCAGGUCCCUGGCCGAAGCUGCACAUGAACGGACAGGAAUGGCUGGAGUAGUGGGAGGGGUUCUCCGAGCUGUUCCUAGUACUAUGGUUCGACCAGUUAUACUUGGAGCUGCUGCAACUUCAAACCUCCUGGAUGGUGUUAAAAAUCAAAUAUCUCCAUCUCAGAGAUUAGAAGAAGAAGAAAAAUGGAAAACUCAAUAGUUAAACAAAUUUUUUGUACCUCGAGUAAAAAUUACAUACAUAGUACAUUAUAAAUAAUAAUAAUAACAAUGAAUUUAUUUGCAUCAA